AAAAGGGCCAUGUAUCCCUUGGGCCGGAAGAGACAACACGGUAUACUAUAAACAUGGAGUCUUCUUUACUUGCAAGUACAGUCACUGGCCGGAAAGGGGUGAUCAGAGAGUUGGUUCGUGGCCGGAAAUUUGCGCAGCAGCUUAAAGUUGUGUUGCGCGAAUCCCCUGAAGCUGAUGAUAUUGACGGCAGUGGAAUGACGUCUGCUCAGAUUCUUCUGAACAAAAUCUUGGAUUCUUAUAAUCGAAGUCUUUCAAACAUCAGCUCCGGGGAGUCUGAUGAGGUUUCUGAAAUUCAGACGAUGGAUUCUCUUUGUUCGGAUGGCUACCGGAAGUCUGAAGAUUCCGGCGAGAGUUUCAAGACGUCUGUACGGAAGGAUCGGAGAGGAUGCUACAAAAGAAGGAGAACUUCUGAGACACGCAUUAAAGAGACAUCUAGUUGGAUUGAUGAUGGCCAUGCAUGGAGGAAGUAUGGACAAAAACCCAUACUGAAUUCCCCACAUCCGAGAAGCUACUUCAGGUGCACGCACAAGUUUGAGCAGGGAUGCCCAGCAACCAAACAUGUCCAAAAGAUUCGAGAAGACCCACCAAAGUAUAGGACAACAUACUUUGACCAUCACACUUGCAGAAAUUUAUACAAAUCAUCUGAAGUUAUUAUCAUGGAUCACACCGCAGGGAAUAAUUCUUCCAAUACCAUCUGGAAUUUUCAGUCACAGAUUGAACCAGAUAAUUACGAGCCAAAGGACCAAGUGAAAGAGGAGAACAAGGAACGGGUUCAAGAUUUGCCCAACAACAAAUCUGGAUCGUUCAUCCCACCUGAUCAUUUCACCACAUUUGGUCAAACCUCUGGGCCCUUGACUGCAUUCUCAUCAGGGUCGGAUGUGAUUUCUUCUGAUGUGUAUUCCUGUACGGCUAGCACUCACAGUAUGGAUAUGGAUAAUAUGAUUGUAGGAACUGUAUUCGAUGAUGACUUUCUGGAAUAUUGAAGGACGGUAUAGUUUUAAUCACGACCUCACUUUAUGUAAAGUUAUAUGCCUUGUUAAGUAGUAGCAUGUACCUGAUCAUGCUGUAGUGUGGAAAUUAAUGUAUUAGAUAAGAUUAAGGUUUCUUCGAUAAGUUCGUGCUCUAAAUUCCUUGUAGAAUUUCGUCAGAUCUGGCAAUCUAUGUAUGAUGUAACUUUUUCACAAGUUAUAUAUUUCAAAUUUUGUAUAGCA